AUGCGCAAAGACAAUUUGUUGUGGCUCGUGGACUGGAGCCCAGCUAAGUCCCCGCAGCCGCUGGUUUUGUGGGCCCACCUGGCAGAGCCGCCCGUGAGGCGGCUGAUCGACACCCCGCCGUCUUCCUCCGUCCGCAAAUCGCAUUUCGCCUCCCCAAAUCGAUCGAACCCUCGCCUCCGCCGCUCGCCGGGCUUCCGGCACCGCCAAGCAAGCAGCAUGGAGGCGCUGUUGGAAGAGCUCGUCGAGGAGAUCCUCCUCCGCCUGCCGCCGGGCGAUCCCUCGAGCCUCGCCCGCGCCGCCGUCGUGUGCAGGCGGUGGUGCCGCAUCAUCUCCAACCCCGGAUUCCGCCGCCGGUUCGUCCAGCGCCACCCCGUGCCCCCCGUCCUCGGCCUCCUCGCCAACCUCAGGGACGCAGACAUCGACGAAGAGAACGACUUCGACUUCGUCGCCCGCUUCGUCCCCACCACCCCCUUCUGCCCGCGCUUCCCCGACCACCGCGACCGGUGCGCGCUCGACGCCCGCCACGGCCGCGUCCUCCUCACCACCACGCCGUGGGGCUCCGACCUCGAGGUCUGGGACCCGGUCACGGACGUGCUGUUGGAGCUGGCCCCGCUGCCGCAGUACAUGGGCGACCCUUUCAGCUGGAACGCGACGGUGCUCUGCGCCGACCACGGCCCCUGCGACCACAUCGACUGCCACCUGGGGCACUUCGUCGUCGUCUUCCUGGACUCCAACACUGGGGUGAUGCGUGUGCACCUCUACUUGUCGGAGGCUGCCGCCUGGAGCCCGCCGAUGUAUGGUCCUGAGGCCACAUUGCACGGUGUGGAAACAUUGCCCACUGCCCUUGUUGGGAACGCGCUCUAUUUCCUGAUUGAUGCGACCCAGAGCAUUCUCGAGUGCGAUCUGGCCACGAUGAACAUGUCUGUGAUCCCUCUACCUCUCGAACACUUUGUGGACUUCGCGGUGCUCACGACAAUGGAGGAUGGUCAGUUGGGAUUCGCAAGGAUUGUGGGCACCAGACUCUUCCUCUGGUCAAUGGAGACGGGUCCCGAGGGACAUGUUGGAUGGUCACAAGUCAGAGUCGUUGAGCUCGAGACACUGCUUCCUGCUGAUGACUUCCAUAUCUCAAAUGAUUAUGUUGGCUUUGCACAUGGCUUUGGGGUCUUUUUUGUGCCCACGGCAUACAGAGAGUCCAUCUUCAGCAUUGAUCUAAACUCUGGCUGGGUCAGGAAGGAGGAUUGCGGUGACGGUCGGACUCACGGCGUUGUUCCCUAUACAAGUUUCUACACUCCAGAUUUUCAUCAGUAUGGUAUAGCUCCUGUCUGAACUGAACAAGUGUUGACCAAAUUUCAUCAACACCUGUGUUGUAUAUUUGGAGGUUGGAAAAGUAAAGGCUGAAGAUGUUUAGCUGGAAAAAGAAGCGACGAAUUGACAAGAGGCAAACAAGGUGCUCUUGGAUGAUGGAGUGAGGAGGAUGCCAACUUUUUUUCCCGACCAAUGGUCUUGCUGAAGCAGUAGUGGUGAAAACCAACGCAAAAACACCUUGAAUACUCUCGUCUUUUCUCCUGACUGCUAGAACUUCAAUCUGCAACCUUCAAUGCCCUAGUAUCCUAUUAGUGAUGCAUCUUAUGACAUCUUGUACUUUUCCGUGCCUCCAUCCAAGAGCAGGUUCAGUUCCUUUUCUUUCUCUGUUGGUGACACACUGAAGCUGUACACCUCGGGCUCUCUGCAUGCUUUUCUGUUCACCGUAACUAUCCAGAAUCAUAUUGUCAUGAUGUCUUUGGCACGAUUAUGAACAAUUUUUGUUCGUGAAAGAGCUGUCUGAAAGCCGAAUGGGUUCGGUUUGAAUGGUGGAACUCAAAUAAGGUGGCUGCGCCAUAGGACAGGACAGGAGAGGAGAGGGAUUAGAGCUACCGCUAUAUAUAGCAUGCAACUUUGCUCAAAUUUUUGCUACAGAUACAGCGCCAUAUGAGAGGAAGUGAGAUGAAAAAGGAUAUAGAGUAGAGGAGACAGAGUUUUUGCUCGAAUUA